AUGAGGUACCUUCUGUUUUUAUUCUUCCAAGUUGUACUUGUGGAGCCCAAUCUACUCGGAAACUAUUCUAUAGAAUUCUUUGACAUUCAGAUCGAUAGAAAUCAUCCUGAGAAGAUUUACAAGGCCUUUGAAGAGUUUAUCGUCAAGUAUUUUCAAAAUUAAUAGUUAAGUACGUCGAUUAUUUUUCAGAUACAAACGAAUUUACAAAGAUCAAGCAGAAAAAACAUUGAGAUUCAAAAACUUUGUGAAAUCAUAUAACAAAGCAGACGUGUGAGUAUAAUCUCUAGUUCACGGGGUGUCGAGCACGACGCCUUCACAUUUUCACUAUUAUGCACUCUUUCUCUCUCUGCAAUCGCGCUCUGCUCCUAAUCUGGCCGAGUUUUUCCGCCAGCAGUUUUCAGUUGUUUUUCACUGGAAAAAUGGCCGAACUUUUUUAUUUUUAUUUAAACUCGGCCCCGAGAUCAUUGCCGUUUGCACUGGCAAAAGAGUUUCUCCACAGAGCGCGAUUGCAAAAUGUUAAAUGCUCUCAUAAUACGUUGUGCAUAGUUAACAGUGUGAUCACCGAAACGCUUUUGAGUAGCUAUGGCCGUAUUGGUGAGAGCCUGAUCUAACGCGUUGGCGAUAAUCCGAAUUUUUUUGCAGUCGUCACGCUUUAAACCCCGUGCUAGUUCUAUUCCAUUAAAGGACCAGGGAACCCAAAAAUUUUUUGAUUUUUUUUGUGAAAUGCUGCCUCUCAAAAAUGCCAAUGAACGAAACGGCAUGCAGUUGAAGUUGUGGCCGUGGCCUAGCGCCAAUGGCCUAGAAAUAUGCGCUUCUCGGCCAUUUUAUUUUUUUCGGUUUUUUUGCGAUAAAAUCGCCCUUGUUCCACGGAAACCACUCAUCUGGCACUUCGUAUCGACUGAAUGAAAACAAUUUUUUAGCAGUGAAAAAAUAAGUGCCGAACAAAUGUCAAUCAACUGAAAAAUGGGAGAAACCGUGAAUUUUUGGAAAAAACCGGUAAAAAAGCGGAAAAAAUAAAAUGGCCGAAAAGCGCAUAUAUUUUUAUAUAUUUUUCGGCAAUUGGCGCUGGCAUUUAAUUCCGAGGGUACAACAAUUUUGGGGCACAACAGGGUACAACCUAUUUUGGGGUACAACUUUUUUAAUUUUGGGGUACAACUUCCCCGAUUUUAGGGAAUAAUUUCGGCAUUUAAUUCGGAGGGUACAAAAAUUAGGGGGUACAACAGGGUACAAAUGGUUUUGGGGUACAACUUUCAUGGUUUUGGGGUACAAAAAGUCGAGGGUACAAAAUUUUCGAUUCUGGGGUACAAAAAUUUACCGAUUCAGUAAGCAUUGAUUAAGGGGUACAACUUUUAUGAUUUAAGGGUACAAAUUUCACAAUUUUGGGGUACAAAAGUUGCACGAAGCACAUUUUCGAAGUUUUCAUACCAUUUUUGAAUUUUUGAGAGCUCACGAGACACACUCGUGUGUAGCCAUGCUUUGUUUUAUGCAGUAUUUUGUGUCAUUUCGAGAAACAAUCUUUACUUGGGUAAAUUUCACACACAACAUCAGAUGCUGAAAUUCUGCUGUGAAAUUGCAGAAUUUAAAGGGGCCAAAACAGCAAAACAACUUGUAUGUAAUAUUAAAGGGGCACCGAAUAGAAAGGGCGCUCUGUUCCCAAUCUCGCCGAAUUUCUAGGCCGCGAAGUAAUUUUCCACUGAAAAUGUGGCCUAACUUUUCAAACUCGGCCCCGAGCUCACUCAAUUUGCACUGCAAAAAAAUUUCUCAAUAGAGCGCCCUUUCUAUUCGGUGCCCCUUUAAUAUUACAUACAAGUUGUUUUGCUGUUUUGGCCCCUUUAAAUUCUGCAAUUUCACAGCAGAAUUUCAGCAUCUGAUGUUGUGUGUGAAAUUUACCCAAGUAAAGAUUGUUUCUCGAAAUGACACAAAAUACUGCAUAAAACAAAGCAUGGCUACACACGAGUGUGUCUCGUGAGCUCUCAAAAAUUCAAAAAUGGUAUGAAAACUUCGAAAAUGUGCUUCGUGCAACUUUUGUACCCCAAAAUUGUGAAAUUUGUACCCUUAAAUCAUAAAAGUUGUACCCCUUAAUCAAUGCUUACUGAAUCGGUAAAUUUUUGUACCCCAGAAUCGAAAAUUUUGUACCCUCGACUUUUUGUACCCCAAAACCAUGAAAGUUGUACCCCAAAACCAUUUGUACCCUGUUGUACCCCCUAAUUUUUGUACCCUCCGAAUUAAAUGCCGAAAUUAUUCCCUAAAAUCGGGGAAGUUGUACCCCAAAAUUAAAAAAGUUGUACCCCAAAAUAGGUUGUACCCUGUUGUGCCCCAAAAUUGUUGUACCCUCGGAAUUAAAUGCCUUGGCGCUAGGCCACGGCCACAACUUCAACUGCAUGCCGUUUCGUUCAUUGGCAUUUUUGCGAGGCAGCAUUUCACCAGUGUAUGAGGCAAUAAGAGACAAUUCAAACAGUCACAAAAAAUUUCACAAAAAAAUCAAAAAAUUUUUGGGUUCCCUGGUCCUUUAAUAUUUUUGACAAUAGUUUAGGCUUAACAAAAAAGCCAAAGAAGAAGGUCAUGACACAAAAUUUGGAAUCAACAAGUUUUCGGAUUGGAGCAGCUCGGAAUUCAGUGGAUCUUUGUCGCACAUGCCCCCUCCAAGCAAAUCGGAUAUUCCCAUGUUGAAUAUCACUGAUUUUUUUGACGAGGUCACCAAUAAAACUAGGCAGAAAAGGAAAUCUGCUAAGUACCCAGAAGAAUUCGAUUUGAGAGAUGUGAAAGUGAACAAUCGGCGUAUUGUUGGUCCCGUCAAAAACCAGGGAAACUGUUCUUGUUGCUGGGGUUUUGCAGUGACCGCCGUUACAGAAACAGCGUAUGCGGUUAAUAGUGGACAAUUCACGGUACUAAUAACUCUUAACUUUUCAUAUUCUAAGUUUUUAGCCACUUUCCGACCAAGAAAUUUGUGAUUGUGGAACUUCUGGAACUCCCGGUUGCACCGGAGGAAAUUUGCCGAUGGGCAUAAAAUAUGUGCAACAGUACGGACAGGCGAGUGCAGAGGAAUAUCCCUAUGACGAAACAAGAGCCAAGAAAACCAAGCGGUGUAGAGUGAAAUCAACAGAGCGUGUGAUCUCACCGGUUAGAUUACAAAACAGAACAAAGAAAUAAAAUACGUUUAUAGAAAGCUCUGAAGUUAGGCACCGUCAAUCCGAGGAAAGCUGAGCGAGAGAUUAUUCAUGUCCUAACACAAUGGCAUAUUCCUGUUGCAGUUUGUGAGUCUCUUAGAAUGUGUCAAAGAGACUGAAAGUGAUUCAGUUCAGCUCUACGAAAUUUGUACGAUAAUCUUACUUAUUAAUAAAGUCUUACGGGGUCUCAGUGUGUACUUUCGAAAGAUAAAUGUCCAGAAACGGCAGAUUCUUUCGAAAGAUAUUUCGUGAGAUCUCUGUCAUCCUGAUGGUCCCUUUAGAGUUGGACGAAUGAUCCACCAGGACCGAAUGGUCCGAAUGAUCCAUUCGGUCCCGUUGGAUCAUUGGGACCAUUCGGCCCCGUUGGAUCAUUCGGAUCAUUCGGCCUCGUUGGAUCAUUCGGACGUUUUAUUAGAUCUUCUUAGAACUUAUUAAAUACAUUUUGUGGAAUCGUUCAUUUACAUUUUUCUAUCAUUUUUGCAGACUUCCAAGUUGGAGAGAAUUUAAAAGCAUACGAUGCGGGAGUAAUUGUCACUGAUGACUGCUAUAACGCUGAGAAGUGGCAUGGAGGAGCCAUUGUAGGGUAUGGAUCAGUUCAAGACAGAAGAGGACGAACUGUUGACUACUGGAUCAUUAAGAAUUCAUGGGACAAUGAUUGGGGAGAAUCUGGUUACUUCAGAAUCAAGAGAAACAUUGAUUGGUGUGCUAUCGAAGAGAGUCCGGUCACUGCCACUUUUGAACAGUAA